AUGUUGGAAGAAACUGCGAAUGGUUGGAUGGUCGGUCUAUAUUCAUUUUUUGAGAUUUCGCAAUUUACACCAAUCGUUUCUAAUUUAUGGGAUAAAGAAACAUCCAGUGUGCAGUAUAUAAAUGCUACGAAAAUAAAAAAGCUUGAUGUAUUGCUCGGAUAUUUAAUUCUGUUUUGGGUUAUUUUAUAUCUUAUGUACGAAAAGUGUCUUAAUUCGUUACUUCGACGUAUGCGCAUUCCAUUGAUGCAGAGAAAUAGAAUAAUCAAGGCUGUGUGGAAUUGUGGAUUUUGCUUUGGUAGCAUUUGUUAUCUAAAAUCACCCACAAUUAAAACAUUGAACUUCGUCUCUGAAGAAUUGGAAAUAACACAUGAGGAAUUGGGUGUCAUUUUACAUAAAAGCUUUUACUUCCAUCGGGCAGGAAUAGAAAUUUUGUGCAAUGGAGCUUGGACAAAAGGCUGGGCCAAUUUGUUAUUUGCAUCUUUCAUCAUGAAUUCGUAUCAGAAAAAGUGGUGUACAAUAGUGAGCACUUUUCUAUUUUAUACAGCAGUUAAUACUAUUAUAAUAGAUACUUGUCGAAUUUUGUUAUGCAUAUCUCAUUAUAGUGGAAGAAAGUUAUCAAAAUUACUUUUUUGUCUUCAUGGUCUUAGUUGGAUAUAUUUACAUGCAUUAUUUGUACCAAAAUUGAUGUUAUGGCCAGAAAAUAUAAAUUAUUCAAGAAUGCAAUUUGGCUUAUGGCUCUGGUUCACGGCGGAAUGUCUAGAUUCUGUAUGGUUUAGACUUUUAGGAUGUGUAAAAGCUACACAUUGGUUAGAAAUUUGUUUAUUUCCCUCUCCAACACGAGAAGCAAUUGAAUUAGCAGGAAUACAAAAACGACAUAGAGAUUCUUUAAAAAAAUUAGUUAAUAGAACAUCAAAAAAAACCGAACUCUGGCAAACAUUGUUUUGUGCUGUGGCUAUUAAGAAAAAAAUCAAAAGAAUUAGGCAGGCAAAACAGAGUAAUUCUAUACAAGUAAUCAAUUCUAUAGAAGAAAAGAAAGAAGAAAAAUUAAUUGAAAUAAUGGAAACAGCAGAAAUAAAUAAGGAGCAAACAAACGAGAAUAUAAAUUAA